AUGGAUGAGGAAGGGAUUGAUGUUAAUGAGACCAUGUACAGGGUAAUCAUUGGGUCACUGCUUUAUCUCACUGCCAACAUGCCAGAUUUAGUUUUAAGUGUAGGGAUGUAUGCCAGGUUCCAAGCAAGUCCAAAGGAAUCACACUUUAAGGUAGCCAAGCGAAUAUUAAGAUACUUGAAGGGAACACAUGACAUGGUCCUCUUCUACCCUUCUGAUUUUCUUGUUGAUCAAAAAAGCACUUCAGGCAUGGCGCAUUUCUUAGGGUCAUCACUGAUAUCAUGGGGCACCAAGAAGCAAAAUACAAUGGCUUUAUCUACUACAGAAGCAGAAUAUGUGACUGCUGCAUCAUGA